UCAGACAGAGUUGGUUAAGGAGAGCUGACCAUUGCAUCGUGAACAUCUUGUGUCACUCUGUUCCUUCUCUUCCUUGCUCCUCAUCAUUAUGCACCUCUAGUGGAAAAUAACAUAUUUGCCAGAGACAAGAACUCUGCUCCAAUGACUCUACAAGUGGACUGUAAUCUAGGUCAGCCAGAUGAACACACGCAAACCAGCCCAGAAAGCCAAGGCUAGGCAUCUGUGCUUUGCCCUCCUCCUCCUUUACUUUCCAGUGGUGUGGUGUGGUGUUCCUGGUCCAUGUCGGUACUCUCUGACAAAGAGUCACCUCGUCAACCUCAAUCGCCUGAUGGACAACCAGUUGGAGAAUGGCUGUCCAAUUACCUACGUAUUUACUGAGCGUCAGAGUCUGAGUGAAGUCUGUUAUGUCAAAGCAGCCUUUCCACAAAUCCUGGAGCUUCUGAACACCCACUUUAGGUUUGCUAGGAAGUCGGACAACGGGCGCUAUGUCAAAGCCUUGAAAAAGGUCAUGUAUGACCUCUAUUCACAGAACUGCAUACCUGAAAUCAACGAAGAGGUAGAAGACAACCCAGUGAAGUUUGUCAGGAUGCACAGCACCUCGCCCAGAGAGGCUCUAAGGAAAGCCUUGGGGCUAAUGGAGAUGUAUAUGACUCUGAUUACCAGGAGCAUUGAGCCCAUCGACUGGAACUGUGAGGAAGAGUAUGCUGAAGACUACUCAGAAUUCACCACAGCCGUCUCCAUCCCAAUGACAGCUGAACCUGAAAGCCAGUGUGCAUGUCCAUCUGUGGGUCCAGUGGCUCCUAAUGACUCCCUGAUGUCCCACAUAAAAUGGAACAAUCCAUCACAGGCCACACUCUCCCCACCUACCUCAGCCAUGCCUCCCAAACCACCCUACCCCCACUUGAGGACCAACAACGCUGACCCUGAGGUGUUUUUUAGGAGUCCUUCUAGCAAAGGUCCCCCCUCUCCCAGGGAGCAACAGAGGACUGUCCCAAAUGGAAGUUCACUUGGAGGGAGUAGAGAGGAAGAGAUUCACUGGGACUCUCGUCCAAAUCCACCCACUGAAACUGAGUCAAAAUCUGCAAUCCAUAGCCGAGUUGCCGACCGCCCAUCUGCACAGAACCCGUCUCGGUAUUCCCCUUCCAACCUGGUUCUCCAGGGAACCACUGGAUCCAAAGACAAUAAUUUUUACUUCCCUGGGACUGAAAGGAUAACAGAGGCAUCCACUGUCAGAUCUGCAGGGAGAGAAACUGACGGCUCACCCCCAAGUUCCUUUACUGUCCCCAGGACCAAAGGUGAUUCACAUGUCCCUUUCCUGUACAAGGUGGUUGGCAUCACUCCCAGUAGUGACAGUGAGAGCUCUGCCUAUUUGUUGGCUAAGAGGUCGCUGGAUGCAAGGACCAAUGAAAUACGUCAAAAUGGGCUUUCAACAGAGAUUCCUCAGCAACAAACAAGAGAAACCCAUCCAGGCACAGAGGUGUAUUCACAUGAUGGGGACCUUGCAAUUAGGAGAGCUACAACUGAGGCAUCGCCACAUUUGAAGAUGACAGAGCCAGAAAGACCACUCACCGCUACAGAGGUCCUGGACCCAGUCAUAAAGACAGAGUCAAAACAUGCUCUCACAUCUUAUGAGGAAGUCUUCCCAGAUAAUCUGUCAAAGAGGACAAAUGUGGAUGAUGCUCCUAUUUCGGAGAAGCACAUUGAAGACUCAGAAAUAGAAUUCCCGAAGGGGGAUACUGGUCAUUCAAGAAUCUCCUACCAGACAGCCUUUAUCAUUGCAGCUGUGUGCAUCGGUUUACUCCUGAUUUCAAUCCAACUAUGUCUCAAUGAGAGAAAGAAACUCCAAGCCCUUCUCCACAGUGACAGCAUCAUUGAAAACCAGAGGGCAUUCAGCAGCACUGAAAAUGUUGAGCUGCAGUACAUAGCCAAGGAUCUGGGAUUGAUUUCAUCUUGUCAAUGAAGUCAAAUGAAAAUAUAUGGAAAUUUGUCUGAACAACUCUAUUACUCAAGAUUUUAAAAUGCCACACUGUUGUAUAUAAAUAGUUAAAAAUAUCUAAAGUAUUCUAUUUUUGUACAAAUUAAGUUUAUUAUUGCUUACCUUUUGGGAGGGUUUUCUACCACGGAAUCUUAUGCUUUAAAGGUUAUACAGUAUCAGCAUGCUUCCGUUUUGUGCUGUUAUAAAGGUUUUAAUGAUUGUAUCGCUAUUGGCACACAACACUAACUUGACUCUUAAAGACUGACUGGACGCUGUUAUAUACAACACACUAUAAAUAUCUCUCAGUAGUGUGGACCACACUAUCCUUCACAUCUCUUUCAGGGCAUUGAUUAACUACUUUACCCUGAUUGUUUCUACUGGCGGUCCCCUAUGGUCAAACGUCUCCUAAUGUGACCUCAGUCAGACUUCAGAGGGGAGCGAUCCUUUUCUUCAAAAAGCAGCAUCUGUGUUUGGACCUGCAUGAGGCUCCCAGUGGCAUUGACAGUCCAGAGUGCAAGACUGCAAGUCAACAUACUGUAUGAAACUCUAUGAAGUCUGUGUGACUAGAAUGCUCUCGAUACUUGCUAAAUGAGUUUGGGUUCUUGAGACAAAGUUAUAUCAGGUGCAAUCCCUUCAAAUCAACAGAGAAAGUAUUGUUUAUUUAGGGAUUAACAAAUUAAAUACAAACUCAACACCCAAAGAAAGAAUUUAACUCUCCACAUACUGGAUUAAUUUGGCAUUUAACAUUCUUUUGUUUUGUCCCUUCCAAACAUAAAU